UUGUGUUCUUGGCUGAUCUUGAGAAGUUGUAUAUUUUGUGAGUUUCUAGCUGGCUUGAUGGUCUUACAAAUUCUCUGGCUUUGUAAUUUUUUAUGUGUUAAGCAGCAGCAGAUUGCCAAAUGGCAUUGAGCACCCAAAGAGACUAUGCCUUUCUUCCUUCACCUCAUCAGUCUGCUCCUCAACCGAACCACGAUGUGUUUUUGAGUUUCAGGGGCGAGGACACUCGAAAUAGCUUUGUAUCCCAUUUAUACCACGAAUUGCAGCUCAGGGGCAUUAAAACAUUCAAGGACGAUCCUAAGCUUGAAAGAGGGACAGCUAUUUCUUCGGGGCUUUUCAACGCAAUCGAAGAAUCAAUGCUUGCAAUCGUUGUCCUCUCGCCAAAUUAUGCGUCUUCUUCCUGGUGCUUGGAUGAGCUUACAAAGAUUCUCCAAUACAUGAAAUCGAAGAGCACCGUUCUGCCAGUGUUUUAUCAUGUGAAUCCUUCCGACGUACGAAAACAAACCGGUAGUUUUGCGUGCGCGUUCGCUGAUCAUGAGGAAAGGUUUAGGGAAGACAGAGAAAGGGUGAAGAGCUGGAGAGAUGCUUUAACUGAAGUGGCCAGUUUAUCUGGGUUUGAUUCAAAGAAUGAAAGUGAAAGAAAGCUUGUUGAAAAGAUUGUUGACUGGGUGUGGGACAAAGUGAAUCACAGAUUCAAAUUGUUAGAUUCCAGAGAGUUAGUGGGAAUGAAGUUUAUACGUGAGCAAGUAGAUUUGCUUUCAGCUCAUCCUACGGAUGAUGUUCGCUUUAUAGGGAUAUGGGGGAUGGGCGGAAUUGGCAAAACAACCAUUGCUCAGCUAGUUUAUGAUAGCAUUUCUACCCAUUUUGAAGUUAGCAGCUUUCUUGCUAAUGUUAGAGAGGUUUCUCAACGUGGUAAUCUUGUUGAUCUACAAAGACAACUUCUUUCCCCAAUCUUAAAGGAUCAAAUUACUCCAGUUUGGGAUGAACAGCGGGGAACCUCUGUCAUUAAGAAUUGCUUGUAUAAUAAAAAGGUUCUUCUCAUUCUUGAUGAUGUGAGUGAAUCAAGCCAACUUGAAAAGUUGGCUGGUGAAAAGGAUUGGUUUGGUAAGGGGAGUAUGAUCGUUAUUACAACAAGAGAUAAACGGUUGCUUGUUCAACAUGAUAUACAUAUAUCAUAUAAGGUAGAGGCGUUAGGUCAUGAUGAUGCUCUUGAGCUCUUUAGUCGGAAUGCCUUCAGAAAAAAUGAGCCUGAGGAAGGUUUCUUGGAAUUGUCCAAGGGUUUUGUAAAUUAUGCAAGAGGCCUUCCACUAGCUCUUAAACUUUUGGGAUGCUUAGUGUAUAAUAUGAGAGAUCAAGAUGAAUGGAAAAGUGAAUUGGAUAAGUUGCGGAAAAUUCCUAACUCAGGAAUUUUUGAUUUGCUCAAAAUAAGUUAUGAUGGACUGGAUGACAUGAAUAAGGAGAUAUUUCUUGAUGUUGCAUUUUUUCAUAAGUGGAAGGGCAAGGAGGAAGUAAUUGAAAUACUGGACAGUUGCGGCCUAUGUGGUUGUGUUGGGAUAAAUGAUCUCGUUCGGAAAUCACUCUUAACUAUAUCAAAUGGGAAUGUUGAGAUGCAUGAUUUGAUACAAGAAAUGGCAUGGGAAAUUGUUCGUCGAGAGUGUCCUGAAGAGCCUGGUAGACGAAGUCGAUUGUGCAACCAUGAUGAUAUCUCUCAUGUAUUCAUAGACAAUACGGCAACAGACAAAAUUAGAGGCAUCAGCUUACGAAUGGCGACAGUUAAAAAGACAAAUUGGAAUUGUGAAGCCUUCUCUAAGAUGCUUAACCUGAAAUUUCUUGAAUUUGAUAAUAUGAUGAUUUCUUCAAGCCCCAGAGUUCUUCCUAAUUCCUUGAGAAGUAUCAAAUGGAGUCGGUAUCCUUCCAAAUAUCUCCCAUCAGGCUUUCAACUGAAUUUCCUUAUUUCACUUGAGAUGCCUGAUAACAAACUUGUUCGACUUUGGGAUGGAAGAAAGGACUUGCCCAACUUGAAAACCAUGAAACUAAAUGCCUCUAAAAAGUUGAUCAUAACCCCAGAUUUCAGUGGCAUGCCGAAUCUUGAGGUGUUGAAUUUUCAAUUUUGUGAUAAUUUGGUUGCGAUUCACCCGUCAAUUGCAGAUCUCAAAUGUCUUAAAUGGUUUUUGUUUGGUUCAUGCCCAAAAUUGAAAAAGAUUCCAGAAUUUUCAGGGCAAAUGAAAAAUUUGUCAUUGCUUACUUUAAAUGGGACUUCCAUUGAGAAAUUAUCUUCAUCAAUAGGACGUCUGGUUGGCCUUAGUAGUCUAUCACUAUCGGGUUGCAAAAAUCUCGUGGGUCUUCCGAGUGAAAUUUGUAAUUUGAAGUUUCUUACAACGCUCGGGGUGGGUGGAUGCCCAAAAAUUGACAAACUCCCAGAGAACGUGGGGGAGAUGGAGUGUUUAGAUAUGCUUCUACUGGAUGGAACUUCUAUAAGACAGCUGCCACGCUCCAUUGUUGGUUUGAAAAAACUUCAGAGUUUAUCUUUGGGUAGAUGUGAAUCAAGGUUACCGUCUAGGCUUUUGUGUUGCCUACCACUCUCAUAUGAAAGAGAGGCUUUUGAGUUGGCUUCGCUAGGUGGUUUAUUUUCUUUGAGGGAAUUGGAUCUGAGUAAUUAUGGUGUUUGUGAAGCGGAUCUUCCCAGUGAUAUUGGUUGCUUGUCCUCUUUAGAAGAAUUAAAGCUUAGUGGAAACAAUUUUGUUAGCCUUCCUGCAAGCAUUGGAUGUCUUUCUAAUCUUAAGUCAUUUUGGGUGAAUGGGUGCCAAAGUCUUGAACAAUUGCCAGAUCUUUCUAAGCUUAUCUCAUUGGUGGAUAUAAACAUAGCCAAUUGCACUUCCUUAAAAAUGUUACCACAUCUUUCGUCAAAUUGGUUAUUAGUGAAUAUAAACAACGAAAUACGUUUUAAUUGUGCAAAUUGCUUUGUAUUGGUUGACAAUGAAGGCUGCGAUAGUAUAAUACUGAAAAUGCUACAGCGAUACCUUCAGGUACUCCCUACGCCUUUUGACUACCGAUUCGAAAUUGUAACUCCUCGAAGGAAAAUUCCAGAGUGGUUCAGUAAUCAAAGUUUGGGAGAUUCCCUAACUGUGGAGCUCCCUCUGGAUUCAUGUACCACGUGGAUGGGAAUUGCUUUAUGUGCUGUGCUUGAAGUUCAGGCUGAUCUUUCUGAAUUUAAUUUUUUUCAUGUUAGCUGUUUCGCACAAGGAAUGCUGCCACAUGGAGUACUUCCAAAACUAAAAACAGGCAAUGUUGUGUCAGAUCACCUUUGGGUAAUUUAUGUACCUUGUAAACAAUUUGAGAAGAUGUGCGGUCAGAUAAAGGUUUUCUUCAAAACUUCUUAUUUUUGUCAAGACGAAAAACGGUUGGUAUACGACAUACAAUAUGUGAAGAAGUGUGGGUUUCGGUUGGUGCACAAGCAAGAUGUGGAACAACUCAACCAGAUCAUGAUGAACAAAUCCAUCAUCAAGGGCACUACUACUAGUCCUACCAAAUCAGCUGAUGCACAAGGUCAACAACGCCACGAUGACCAGGAGGCUGGUCCUAGUGGAAGUGGUAGCUCUCACCAAAAAUCUCUCUUCUGCAAUACCUAUGCUCUUUCCGAAGAGGCAGACCAAGAUGAAAUAAAAUGAUGUUGUUGAUGAAGCUCGGCCCAGAAAAAGAAAAAAGAUCGAUGUGAUUGGGACUAACCUAUGAUUCCUCACUUUCAAAGCAAGAGGCAUCACAACUGCUGUAUUUCAAUGUGAGUUGCUUCAUUUGCUGAUUCUAGUUUUCAUUUUUUUUGGGAUUUGCUGUAUUUCAAUGAUGUUGUUUCUCUCUUGUUUGUUCCACUGCUUGUGCUUCAUUCUUUUGGCCGUAUAUUGCCCUAAGCUUUGUUUUUCACCUAUUGCUCCUUCAUUUGGU